AGUUUGGAAGAGCUUACUGCUAAAGAGAAAAUGACUUCUCUAGAAAAAGUUGAUGACGCCUCAUCACCCAUUCGAGGACCUGGAGAUGGCAUGGAAACAGAGCAGACAGCUGAAUUGGUGGAAGUAAUCCCUGGAGCCAGUGCUACAAACCAUCAUAUCCACCACAGCCCACAUAAAAAGACAGUCUCUUCCCUGAGUCCUGGAGUGCUGCAGCUAGGGAAAGUACAUGCUGAUAAAUCAGUGGAGAUUGAAGCUGUUCGUAUAUUAGUCCCCAAAGCAGCUAUCACCCGUGUUGUUCCAACUAAAAAUGCUAAGGUAGCUAAAUCAGUGGGACAUAAAGGAGACACGUUUCAUCAGUCAGAUGGAGCUGCUGAUCCCAAGAAAGAACAGAUAGAGCUGAAAAAUGCCAUUGAAAAGCUAAAGAAUUCAGAAAAGCGCUUGUUACAGGAUAAAGAAGGUCUUUCGAAUCAGCUGCGUAUACAGACAGAGGUGAAUCGGGAGCUGAAGAAAUUACUCGUGGCUUCUGUUGGGGAUGAUCUGCAGUAUCACUUUGAACGGAUGGCUCGUGAGAAAAAUCAGCUAAUCCUAGAAAAUGAAGUCCUGGGACGGAAUAUAUCUCAGUUGUCUGAACAAUUGGAGCGCAUGUCAAUACAGUGUGAUGUGUGGCGAAGCAAAUUCCUAGCAAGCAGGGUUAUGGCAGAUGAGCUGACAAAUACGAGAGCAAUUCUUCAGCGUCAAACCAGGGAUGCACAAAGUGCAAUCCAGGACUUGCUGAAUGAACGUGAUCAGUUCCGUCAAGAGAUGAGUGAGACGCAGAGGCUGCUGGAGGAGCUUAUGGUUUCUCUUCAGUGGGGUAGACAACAGACAUACUAUCCUAGUGCCCAGCCUUACACUACAACAGAGCUAGCAGCUGUGAACUGUAAGCUAGCCAAAGCCGUAAGCUCUCAUCUUCUUGGAAAUGUUGGCACUAACAGUCCAAAAAAGACUUCAACAGCUGUGGAGUUUUGCAAUACCCCUGCUGAGAAAAUGGCUGAAACGGUGCUACGUGUACUGGAUCCAGCUACAUGUACGGAAACCUCAACAGAAGUCUCUUUUUCUGAUACUUCCGCAUCUUCCUUCCUUUCCACAAAGAAGAAUAUUGGAAGAUUUCAUCCAUAUACAAGAUAUGAAGAUGUAACUUUCAAUUGUUGCAAUCGCUGUCAAGGAGAGCUGAUAGCCCUUUAAAAACACACCCAAUGGAACUGCACAGGCAGUCUUUCUGAAGAAUUACACUAGUUUGAUGUUCAGCGGGUUCCCUUUUUUCCUAUUUCUUUCCAUAAUGGGUGUGUUUAACAUUGAAAACUAUGCACUUUCUGCUUCUCUGCCCCUUGAAGUAAGGGACUGACAGGAUCCUCUUAGCCUCUGGCAUCCUUCUACUACUCUUCAGUCUG